AUGCUUCGGAUUAGUGCGCCUUUUCUUUAUUGGGAUGAUGUUAAGAAAAUUUUCACCAAGGCAGCGUCGGGACAAUGUAAAGUCUUACAUUGCGCUACGGUAAUCUCUGUUUUGAAUGUCAUCUGGCAGACUAGAAACAAGGUUAGAUUCCAAAACAUCGGUUUUGAUGUUUCUUUUUCCAUCUCUAGUAUUCUGGAUUGUGUUUCCUUAGCUGCGAACAAUGUGGUUGCUUCGUAUUUGAAUAUGCAUGAUUUCAUUCUCCUCAAGAGCUUCCGUGUCUUAUUUCGUCCUCCCAAAGCUCCUCGAAUUGUUGAGGUUAUGUGGCAGCCUCCUCCAAGAAACUGGGUUAAAAUCAACUGUGACGAGGCAUCGGUUUCUCCCUCUGGUAAUUCUGCUUGUGGUGGUAUUGUGCGCAAUAGUGAGGGUGGUUUUCUUGGGACGUAUGCCAUUCGGUUGGGCCUUUCUUCUUCGCUCAUUGUCGAACUCUUCGGUGCAAUUUUUACAAUUGAGUUCGCCCAUGAGAAUAAUUGGAAGUCUCUUUGGUUAGAAACGGAUUCUAUGGCGGUAGUCAAGGCGUUUAGGUCUCCUUUUUUGGUCCCGUGGCAUACUAGGAACCAUUAG